AUGAAAAUGCUGCGCUGGGCUGGUGGAGUAACGAGGUUAGACAAAGUGCGCAACGAGUUCGUCAGGGGAUCCUUUAAAGUAGCUCCGGUGGCAGAUAAGCUCAAAGAAAACCGACUCCGCUGGUUCGGUCAUAUAAACAGAAGAGGCGAUGACUACUCCGUGAAGACAGCUUUAAAUAUCCUAACAAAACCCCGUGGCAGAGGUAGUUCACUUUCUACCUGGUGGACUAGAAUCGAGAAGGAUCUAAAAGCCCUGAACAUCUCACCAACGACAACCCAAGACAGACGGUCCUGGCGCCUACGUACAAGGAGGCCCGACCCCAAUUGA